AUGGCUCAUUGUAGCUUCAACCUCCUGUGCUCAAGUGAUCCUACCAUCUCAGCCUCCUGAGUAGCUGAGGGUCACAGUUGCAUGCCACGAUUCCUGACUAAUUUUAAAAAGAAAUUGUGUGUACAGACAAGUUCCCAUCAUGUUGCCCAGGCUGGUCUCGAACUCCUAGACUCAAAUGUGAUCCUCCUACUUUGGCCUCCUAAAGUACUGGGAUUUAUAGGUGUGAGACACCAUGCCCAGCCAUCUAUUUUAAGAUAUUUAAACUCAAGGCAAACUCUAGACAAAGCAGAACUAAUUCUGGAAGGAGAUAUAAUAUGGGAAACAGAAGAGAAUAUUACCAAAAAUAUCAAAUUGAUAUUCUCAGAAUUUAAGGAAACAAUAGGUUUAUAAAAUGAGAUGAAGCUGUUACAGAGGGGAACAAUUAGAGCAUAAGAGAAAGUCCUUGGACAUUAGAAAUGUUACUGCAAAACUAAAAAUUGAACAGAGGUCAGACAAUGCAGAGUUCAGUGGGUUGCACAUGGAACAUAAUGCCUACUCUACUCCCAGCCCACUUCCCCUGAAAGGGAGUGCACCCCUCCCCCAUUAAGGGGCCCAAAUACCCACUUAUGGUCCCCUGUCCACCAUUAGCCAUCUACCUUCAGCCAACCACUACCACCACCACUGCCGCCCACCUGCUCACUAUGCCCCGAGCUGCCCGUCAUGGUCACCACCCCAGUGUUGCAGGUAUACUAGAACUACCACCCCAGCUGCGAGGCCGCCAUUAACAUCCAGAUCAACCUGGAGCUCCAUGCCUCCUACAUGUACCUGUCCAUGGCCUUCUACUUCGACCAGGAUGAUGCAGCCCUGGAGCACUUUGGCCGAUACUUCCUGCACCAGUCACACGCGGAGAGAGAGCAUGCCCAGGAGCUGAUGAGGCUGCAGAACCAGCACAGUGGUCACAUCUGCCUUUACAACAUUAGGAAGACAGAGCGCCGAGGCUGGGAGAGCAGGCUCGAGGCCAUGGGGUGCACCUUUCACCUGGAGGAGAACAUCAACCAGAGCCUCGUGGAGCUGUACCAGCUGGCCCUUGUGAAGGGCAACCCCCAGCCGUGCGACUUCAUGGAGAGCCACUUCCUCAACCAGCAAGCCAAGACCAUGAAAGAGCUGGGUGGCUACCUGAGCAUCCUGUGCAAGAUGUGGUCCCUGGAACCCGGCCUGGCAGAGUACCUCUUUGACAAGCUUACCCUGGCUGGCAGCGAGAAAGAGACCUGAGCCCAGACGGGCCCUACAGCCAUGGUGUGCCUUACCCAGGUCGGGCCACCAGGAGGGACAUGCAUGUUACCCUUUCACAACGUUCUCUUCAGUAUUUUCCUUUCAGUUUUACCAUUGUUGGCAAUAAAGUUAACUGGUUCUCAAAGCAAUAAAGUGUCCAGUUCAUGCGUGCCUGCAACACUCUCACCUUUUAGGAAUCGGGGCACAUCUCCAUGCAGGUUUAAAGUAGGUAUCCAGCAGUCUCUCCACCCAGCUCUGCUCCAUCUGCAUGCAGCUCAGGAUCUGUGCAAGCGGAGGGGAAAGGUAUUCUAUGCGCCCCUGGAAAACACAUUAGUCUUCCCCUUAUAAACUUUGAGAGCA